ACCAACUACUUUGUGUAAUAAAACAUGGAAAGCUCUCGACUAUUUUCAACCAUCUUGUUCGUGUACUCAAUCAUCUUAUCGAUAUGCUCAAUCAACUGCACAGAGAAUAAUAACAAUCUCGUCACAAACCAAGCUGCUUUGUUCGUGUUCGGAGAUUCGCUAUUCGAUGCCGGAAACAACAACUACAUCAAUACUACCACCCGAUCCAAUUUCUUUCCAUAUGGUCAAACCUUUUUCAAGUUUCCCACCGGAAGAGUCUCGGACGGACGUUUGAUUACCGAUUUCAUCGCUGAGAAGGCAUGGUUACCGUUGAUCCCACCAAAUCUACAACCAGGUAACAGUAUCAGUCAGUUGACCUAUGGAGUUAAUUUUGCUUCUGCUGGUGCUGGAGCUUUGGUCGAAACCUUUCCCGGAACGGUGAUAGAUUUGGGAACACAGUUAAAUAGCUUCAAGAACGUUGAAAGGAGCUUGAGAUCUGCAUUAGGAGAUGCAGAGGCCAAGAAGAUUUUCUCAAGAGCUGUUUACAUGUUUAGUAUCGGAAGCAAUGAUUUAUUUUUUCCAUUAGUGGCAAACUCUUCACUUUUCCAGUCCAAUACCAAAGAGAAAUUCGUUGAUUUUAUUAUUGGUAACACGACAUCCGUGCUCGAGGAAGUGUAUAAAAUGGGAGGAAGGAAGUUUGGAUUCUUUAAUAUGGGAGCAUACGAGUGUGCACCACCCUCGUUGAUCUUAGACCCAACAAACAUAGGAUCUUGUUCCAAACCAGUCGCUGAGCUAAUAGAUUUGCACAACAAGAAGUUUCCUGUUGCUUUAAGGCAACUACAACGUGAACUUUCCGGAUUCAGAUAUGCCCUUCACGACUAUCACACUUCUUUGUUGGAAAGAAUCAACAAUCCUUCUAAAUACGGGUUUAAAGUAGGGCAGAUGGGAUGUUGUGGAAGUGGACCAUUUAGAGGAAUCAAUACUUGUGGAGGACGAAUGGGACAAAGUUACGAAAUAUGCGAAAAUAUUAACGAUUACUUGUUUUUCGAUUCCUCUCAUUUGACAGAGAAGGCUAAUCGACAGUUCGCAGAGCUGAUUUGGAGUGGACCACCUAAUGUCACUGGACCUUAUAAUCUCAAAGCUUUAUUUGAGCUUAAUUAAAUUACCGAUGCAUAUUUAUGAAAAUAAAGAUGAGAUUGCUAUAUAAGUAUCUCAUCUUAUAAGCAUGUUGAUAAUACAUCUUCUGUUGAAAAUAAUAAUAAUAAGAUUGAUCAAUCCUAUGAGAUAUCUUAAUAACCUAUGUUACAUGGAAAUGAAAACGGUUGCGCCGAAGAUUGAUCAAUCCACACAAUUUAUUUUUAAAUAACAUUUUAG